AGGAUUUUUAGCGAUGUGUGGGUGCUUUUUCGGUGAAUAUUGAAAUUUGUCAGCAAAUUAAGGCUGUCUCACUCACUUUGUUGGCAAAUGAGGCCUGUACACAACCCUAGAACAAAAAAGCCAGCACUCGCACUGCUUACACCCUAUUAGAUUAAGAACAAAUUAAGAACAAUCCAGCCUCAGAUUUUCGAGAAAAUUAAGAACAUUCAGCCUGAACUUAAAUUGACUGGUUCUUACAAAAAAGAGUGUAAUUCAUGUAAACAGCAAGUUUAGCUGUCUGCUAAUUCUUGCCGAGUUGCGUGAUGCCAGGUACACAUGACCGAAUCUCAAUGGAAACAAAUUUCAACACCUGAACGUCAAUAACGUUCUAGCCAGACCUUUCGAAAGUAAUGAAUCUACAAAUGGACAAUUGAAAACCCAGAGUACGUCAGAACAAGUUUCGUUCAGUAUUUUUAUGCUACAGUUUCAUAAAGGUCCGGCUACACGAAAGAAUAUUCAACAAGAAUAAUUACAUUAUUUCAUCAUUCUUGCUUGUAUUCAGAAGAAGAACUUUUCAAAGAGUAAUCACCUCAUUUUCCAUUGUUAGACUAUUGUUGUCAAGAAGUAAUAAACUCUCUCGGACGAUUCCAGUCUGGGUGGUUGGUUAGGUCUUCCCCAGGACAAUUUCCAUAAGCUUUGUAAACUUUCCUAUUCAAAUUGCAUUAUAAAACCUUUGAUAAUAAUUGAAUAAUAAAAGGUAUGUUAUAGGAUAUUAUAGGGUAUAGCGGAUGGGAAUGGUGAAAAGUCACGUUGAGAAAAAUCGAUUGAAACGUUUUUGACAGGCCAGUAAUCUAACCAAUUAAGGCAUGCUAAACUUAAAAAAGCUUUGGUGUGUAAGAGCUAAAUUUUGCAUUUCAUGGCAACAAUUUGAAUUGAAACCAGUCGGAAUCCAAUACAGAAGAGGAUGAGUCGGCAAUGGUUAGAUAGGGAUUCUAUUUUUCUAUCUUAUUCCUUUCACAGGUACCAGCAAUCGAACACAUUAAUAAUCUAUCUUCUUGUGCAAGUAUCAAGCUUGGCAAAGGGUGCAUUGUCAUUUAUCCAAGAGCAAAGAAAAUUUGAUCACACGAAUUUUAUAGUACAAAAAGAUUCAAGACUGUCUCAAAAAAGCUGAAUGAGCACCUUAUUUUUGAAGAAGAUUUGAAUUGCUUUGUAACUGUUUUGAAUUGUGGGGAUAUUCAACUAUUUGGCUGGAUUUCUAAAAUUUUGCAGAAGUCAUAAAUGACCCCCGGCAAACUGGCAUGCUUUUCAUAAUUUCUUGCUGUAUAGUGAUAUCUACUUAAGUGUAAAUAAUCCACUUUUAUAAACCUUGGUCAUCACCAGCAAGCUUAAACAUGGGCUGCAACAUCAAGUACCUGAGGUCAUCACUGGCAGCUGUGAAAUUCAUUGAGCUGCUUUCAUUAUCAGCAGCAAUUGCUACGGUUGCAUUCUUCAACUGGGAAGUGAAAAUUGAAGGGACAACUUUCUCUCGUAUUCAAUUUUUCCUUUUUGUCACAAUAGUUGCGUGGAUUGUUGAACUAAUAGUGUUUAUCAUGAUCUUAACGAGGUGUACAAAGAAUCUUCCAGUUCCGUGGCCCUUAGUGAACAUUGUAUUCGCUGUUGUUUUUGGGGUUUUCGUGCUGAUUGCUACAGGAAUGCUUUCACUUUCUGUGGCAUCAAUGAUGACAACAACGAAACAAUGGCCUACCAACAACCGAGACUGGCAAACGAUAACAUACUGCGAAUUCAUUAACAGAACGCAAAGCAAGACAUCAUGCUUGGCUAUUCAAGGAGGCGCUGCGUUUGGUCUCCUGUGUUUUGUCAUCUUCAUUGUUGACAUCUUCAUUAACAGCAAGGAGCUGAGAUCAGAUGUAUACCUGCAUGGUCCAACACAGGAGAAGACUAUUGAUAAAGACACACUGACGGCUACAACUGUUGUCAAGGAAACACACGACUGAAGCAUUGAAUCAAGUUAGAUAAACUUGCUAGAUGAACUCAUAUGUUUAGCAGAUAACGGGCUCGCUCAAAGCGCUCGUUUAUCUUCAUUUCUGGAAAUGUUUUUACAAAACCAUUCACAGGUAGCCUUGUAUGUACCUGCCUGUCGUCAGAAACUGUCAAAAGUAACAAUAUGUGCGUGUGUUCGAAAGUAUUAAAAAGUGACAUGAAAACCGGGGUAUUGCAUCUCAAAUGAUGAUUAUUCAAAUCUUACCUAGAUAUUUAAUCGCAAGAAGCUGGAUUGCAUUAAUUUUAAAUGUGUUUUUGGAAGUAAAACUGCACUCGAAGUAUUUCUUUAAUCCUUUUGAAUUUCUAUACGCCAUUUCACUUAAAUAUUUGCCACAAGGAACUUUACAGGUUAACUAACUAUAUCUAAUGAUUGUUCUUAAACGAUAGGCGCAUUAAACGGGUCUGUUGCUCUGUUUUACCUCGAUGCUCUGUUUUACAUAUCCACAAUAUUUAAGGGCCUAAUAGCUCGUAAGACUCAUAUAUCCAGCACAGCUUGCAAUCUUC